GUAGGUAGGGCUGGGCUUUUACUGUCACACGUCACAAGGCGCCGCCUUCAUUUCUGGGUGUUUCCACUAGGUCCUGUAAGCAACUGUAAAGUCAUGUCUCAUCGCCCACUUUUUUCACUCUCUGUUUUGUAAACUGAAAUCAUGUCAGGAAGAGGCAAAGGCGGUAAAGGACUCGGCAAAGGAGGCGCUAAGCGUCAUCGCAAGGUUUUGCGUGAUAACAUCCAGGGAAUUACUAAACCAGCCAUCCGUCGUCUUGCUCGUCGUGGUGGUGUCAAGCGUAUCUCCGGUCUGAUCUAUGAGGAGACUCGCGGUGUGCUGAAGGUGUUUUUGGAGAACGUUAUUCGUGACGCCGUCACCUACACUGAACACGCCAAGAGAAAGACCGUCACCGCCAUGGAUGUUGUCUAUGCUCUGAAACGACAGGGUCGCACUCUGUACGGUUUCGGAGGUUAAACGUCAAAACUCCACACAAACCCAAACGGCUCUUUUAAGAGCCACCCACAUUAUCACUUAAAGAGACAAAAUUUGUGCAGUGUUUCUAUAAAUGGUCUUUUUUUAUCAGGUUAUUUGAUUAUAACUAUGCCUGUUAAUUUAUUUGGUGGUCUGGUAAUGCUUCGCUUUCCUGUUUGUUUCUGAAAAGGUGACUUAUGUAAAGUGCCUACACGUUCUUUCACUAUUCACGUACUCGCCAAAUAUAUCUCCACUAAGUGUACUGCAAGCAUAAAGAACACAAUCUAAACCACACAAU